CGUCAUGUCACAACGCAACAAAUACGCCUUCUUUUUCCUCUCAUGGACAGACAUGUUUUGAUACCAACUUUAUUAUGUUAAAGUUACAUCAAAGUAAAAAAAAUAGGUUCAUUAAAAGCAAGAGCUUGACCUAAACGCCGGUCAUCAACCGGCAGGCUACUUUUAGGAUAUAGCAGUCUAUUCGACCUGAAAGUUGGGAGAAUAGCCUCGUAAGUAGACAUCAAUCAACACGAAAAUAGCAACGUUUCCCUGUGUGACCGGGUUUGAUCUUGCGGGUGGGAAAGGAUUCAACACACCAAAAUGCCUGCGCCGGUUUUAAAUAUGACGGAAGGUCUGCCUAUAUCAGAAAUAACUUUACAUCGAGGAGAAACAGGUAAGUUCUUUAUUAAAUAUAUUUUACAAAUUGUUGAUUCCAACGCCUAAUAUGUAUUGGAUUGUAACUAGUAUUACCAUUGCUAUUUUUUGUUGUUGGUACUAUUAACUUACUAUUACUUUACACUAAACUAAAACUAUCCAUCAAGACCUGUCUUAUUAACUUGAUUAAGAUUUUGAUUUAAGCCACACAAGGAUUCUUUGGUCAUUAAUAAAGCCUGCUUUCAAUUCAUUAACUUCUAUCAGAAGGUCCUUCUCAUUUAAACAUUGGGCUGUUAUUUGUGUGUAGGCCCACUUUCAUCAUGAUUGGGAGUUGAAUUUUAUUAUGUUCACUCUAUUUACAGAAGAUGAAGAUAAAUAAACCAACGAAAGUCAAAUGAUUUAGUCAAUGUUGACAUUUGAUGUAGGCCUAUAUACUGCCAUUGGGCUUGGGCCUAAUCUCAACAAUAACAACAUCCCUUUGACUUUGGAUUUGUUCUUUGACAGUCUUUGACACUUUUAUAGUUUAGAAGUCUUAAUUGAAUUGUUAAAAUUUUAAAAAAUAUAUGAAGAGGAAGAGCGUAUUUUCAAAAGGUGGUGGCAUUGUCCACCAUUUACAAAAAAAACAUACCUUCUUGUAGAGCAAACCAGGUUCCUUUUGGACAUGACCUAGAUCAAACUAGGUUCCUUUAGGACAUGGUAAAGUUUAUUUUCAAAACACAAAAUUAAUUUCCUAUUAAUUUUCUAAACCUGGUAUGUAAUUUUUUGUUGAGUAUCUCAAAACCCCAAAAAUGGAUAUACAGCAUUUUGAAAAUCAGCCCUUCAUAAGUUCACAUCAAAUGGUUACGUUAGGUAAUUAAGUUUCAUUCAAAAACACCAAUUACAUUUCUCUAGCAUUCUCAUUCAUGAGUUUGCUUUUGCUGCCUUUGAUUGGUCUUGGACUUGGACCCUCCCACUGGUUACCUACUUAAAUUAUCCAAGUCUCAAGUAGCCGAUCUAAAUUCCAUCCCACUUUGUUUUUAGUAAUGGUUCACCCUUACUGUUUACCAUCUAAAACCAAAUUUUGAUAUGUUUAAGAAAUGUAUUAAUAUCUCUUGAUCUUAUUGAAAUAUAAUUAUUUUAAGUCUACUUUAAGUUUACACAUUCAAAUUUACAAACCCAGUUGAGUUUGCCACUAUUUCACUAUUACUGUUACAUUUAUUUUAUUUAUUUAUGUAUGGGAAUAAAUAUUACAAAGGUGUCAGUAAGGUACACCGUAAUAAGUUAGACUAAUUCAUUCAACAAAUGGGCAUGAGAAGGAGCACAUACAUCUUAACUAUUUCUUGGAAGAUUGAUAUGACCACCUUUUUCUGAUAUAUUGUACUUCUGAUGAGCAUAGACAGCCUUUAACCUUUUUAGCCUUUACAAUUUUUUAAUUUUACCAAAUCUAAUACUUAAACUUUUAGUUUAGACCUGCACGCUCAUCACAUUUGAGAACCAUGGUGAUUUGUUUGUUUUCUCUGCUCCUUCUUAGCCCAUGUGAUUGUUUCACUCCACGCUCUAUUUCUAUUUUGGUUUUAUUAUGUUACAAUGAGCUUCAUAGGGGUAAUUUCAAGAUUAAAAUAAAUUAAACUAAGAUGGAGUGUUAUUAGUGUUAACUAUUUUCUGGCAGGUGCUUCUAAGAUAAGGUUGUUGAAUAUUAUUUUGAGUAGGCCUAUACAUCAGCCUACAUGUAAACUUAUAAGAUGCUCAACCUUUAAUUGUACAUUUUUAAAUUUAUAUUUCUUCAGUUUAAGCACAUCACUAAUUGUUAUAAUUGGGUGUUUGUCUUCAACUCUUUCUGGUUAAGUUUUAUAGAUACUUGUUGCAACAAUUUUCGGUUGUUUAGGAGAUGACCUCAUGAUGACCAUAUAAUCUUAUUUAUAGUUGUUAUAGCCCGUUUUUAAACCUAGUUUGAACUGUGGCACAUACGUUAUUCAAAAACUCUACAAUAGUCAUCCUGAUAGUCCAAAAAUUGCAUAUUUAUAUCUCAAAUUCCGAAAAAAUAUCAUGCAAUGUUUUGUAGGAAUUAUUGCAGUGUAUUGUCACAAAUGAACUCGCAAGAUAUACUGAGAUAGUACUAAGUAGUCGAGAUAUUACAGUAAUUUUUAGUCCAUCGAAUGUUAAACGUGCAUGUGGCGUUAAUUUAUGGGGUGACAUUUUCAUUUCUGGCACCUAUGCCAAAUUUAUGUGUUCACUAGGCUCCCUGUCUUAAAUUCUAACAAGUACAAUACAUUUCAAAAUAGGGCAUUCAUAAACAAAAUAAAAUAAAGGGUUGGUUAAAAACAAAUAUAACAUGUAUGUAGGUCACUAAGUGCCAUCUAGUAACUUCAAACAGUAGUUACUCAACUGGGUUACUAUUUGCACCACAACCGAAAGAUGUCACAUUGGAUUAAAAGUGGAAAUAAAAUACCGGUAAUAAAAAUGUUUUAAUAUUCUGCAACGUCCCUGUGAGGAAACCGCAGCAAUCCAUAUAGAAAAAUGUGAAACAACAACCCCACCCCUGGCGGGCCAGUAAAAGGACUAUUUUUAGCACCCCUUGUCUUUGUGAAGUAAUUGGGUUGGGAUUUUAUAGUUUAAUUCACUAUUAGGGUCCUUUAUAAAGAUGAUUUUGACGCCUGUUGCUCUUUGCCCAUUGUCUUGGCCCUGACCCUGCUGUAUGAUGUAAUUUUGUACCAAUUAUUUCUUACGUCUAAACUGUGGCUGACGAGUGCAGAAACUAAUAAAAUUAGAGAAUGCAACUGUUCUGCGCAGCAAUAUUAGAAUUCGACAUAUUUUAUAAGAUCUGAGGGGGGCCUUUCAAAUCUAUUUUUAGACCAAGCAAAACAGCUGUAUGAUUUUUAAUAGACAUCUUUCUUUCACCCAUUUACUGGUCUGGUAGUUAACAGACUGUAAUAGGCAUAAUCAAUAUUAUAUGGAUAUUGAUUCUUAUUUAUUUUUUUUAAAAAGAUUUACUAAAAAAUAAUUCUCACAUUAUGUGUUUUUUUUUUGUUUUUUUUGUUUUUUAAAUGACGCCCUAAUUUGUUAAUUAAUUCUUAUCUUAGUAAAUUUUAUUAUUUUAUGAUGAUCUGACUUCAAGUCUGAACCACAUUAAAUUUCACCAGUAACUUUAUUUUUACAAGUGACAGACUAAUAAUGCGAACUGCACGUUCACUUAAAUAUUUAUUGAUAUCUAUAGCGAUACACGUCUACUAAAAAAAGUGACUGCAGAUUACAAUAUAAACGCCAGUCAUCUACCUUUAGAAGUAACUUUUUUUUAUGCCAGCUUAAUUCAAUUACACUAGUCACAUGAUGCGAGCAGUUUAUGUCUACAUUACAUAUACUGAAUGUUUGUUUAUUUACUAUUAAGAUACUGUAUUGUACAAUUUUGAGACAUAUUGUACGAUAUUAGAAGUUUGACGGUAAACGGGUCUGCUGUAGAUUUGAGGAAAAAAUAUUACAGGGUAUGUUGGGCUUGUGCAAUAGUACAGAAAUAAUGUUGUUUUACAGUAUAUACUCAUUCAUAAGCAGACUGCCGUAGUUUUUUUCAGGGAAAACCUGAAAAGGCGUGUAACCCGCCCAGAAGCCGAACUUAUUAAUUAUGCCAUUUAAAGCAAUACAGUACUAAAGAAAAUAAUAAAAAAAUUUUUAAUAGUUGUGGUUCAUGUAAAAAGCUAAAUGAGGACCCAAUUUAGCACCCUGCCAAUUUUGCACACUGAUUAAUUUUGACAUCCUUAAAAAAAUUUUUUCUUCUUCAUUGAUUUCUAAAAUAAUUCUAAAAUAACAAUUACAUUAUUCAAUGUACUUAGAUUAAAUCAUACAAAUUUUAAUAACCCGCUCAUAAGCUGACCACCCCACUUAUUUCCCUGAAAUAUUUCCAAUUAUAAAAAUGUGUUUAUUUACAAUUAUAUGCAUCCAUCCCUGUGGUGCUACAGCCCAUGUAGGGCUUUGGUCUACCUCACCAUAUCCUUCCACCUAGACCUAGGUAUUUGAAUUGAUUUACUUUUUCAAAGGUUUGGUUUUUAAUUUUAAUGGUUUCAUUUGUCUGUUCUUCUCUUAACACAGUCAUGAGUUAUUUUUUUAGUGCUGCUUGCAGUGAUGGGUCUUCUAAUUCAAUAAAAUCUUUUGAUAUAUCUUUACUACUUUUUCCUAACAGUGCUAUGUCAUCAGCAUAUGCAAGAUACUGAAGGGGUUGGUUUUAAGGAGUUACUAUUGGUUGUGGGUCUUGGGUUUCCAUCAGAAAGUAUCAUUUUAUUGUUCCUUGGGUGUCAACAUAUAAGCUUAUAACUAUUUCCAAUGUUAGGUUAAAUAGCAUGCAAGAAAGUGAUUGUCCUUGUCUAAUCUGAAAUUUCCUUGAAUAUUCACCCCUAAACUUGAUUUUCAUUUUUGAGUUGUUAAAUGUUAUAUUUAUCAGCCUUGUCUGUCUGUUAGGUAUGCCAAAGUCCUGCAGAGUCUCAUGUAGAUUUUUUUUUUUAUGCUUCAUAUGCCAUUUUAUAGUCCACAUAGAGUUGCUCUACUGGCAUAUUAUGUUCGUAACAUUUCUCCAAUAGGCAUCUGAUGGUGAAAAUCUCAUCAGUCGUUGAUCCGUUUCGUCUGAAUCCACAUUGGUAAACCCCUAGUGUUUGUUCAGUGUAUGGUUGGACUCUUUUGGCAAUUAGUUUUAUUAGUAUUUUGUACGUAACAUUCAAUAGGGAAAUUCCUCUGUAGUUUGCUCAUUGACGUUUGGAACCUUUCUUGUGUAUUGGGGGGCAUUAGUGCUGUUUCCCAUUCUGUUGGAAUUGUCCUCUUCUUGCCAAAUUGUAGGUAGAAGUUUAUGUGUCUGAGUGUGUAGUUCCCUUCCUCCAUAUAUAAUAAGUUCUGCGUAAAAGUAUGUGCAGUACGUAAAAUUAAUUUAUAUAUACGACUAUUAAUUUAAAGAAAUGAUGGUGUGUAGUGGACACUAUGAUAUUGCCUUCUCUUGUAGUUCCCAAACAGUGUUCCCCAAUCCCCAAGGGCUGUGUUGCCACUCCAGGAAACUUCUAAACACAAAUAACUUGUUAGACAUAUGGUAGUCCCAAGGAGCUCCCCAAGACAUAUGGUAGGCUUAAGGCCCAUAGAAAUUGAUUCUAUAAAUGGGCUCUGCAAGUCCAAAAGGUUGCCAAACCACUGUUAAAGGAUAAGACACAGCCUACAUCACUCCAUGCAGUGUGUAAUUAAAAACCUUUUGUUUGGGGGCAUUAUAUUCAGUUAUUCAUUCAGAGUAAAUUCAUCUGCCUGAGACUCUUAUUUCAAUGCCGAUUAAGUUAUACAUUUGAUAAGUGUACUGUUCAGUGUACCUUUUUUUAAAUAGAGGAGACUUUAGAAUUGAUGUUACUGUUUUUCUCACAAUCUAAGGGUUUUUCCAUUUUUAGGUUUAGGCUUUAACAUCAGAGGGGGCACAGAUAUCCCACAUUUCAAGGAAGACACAGGUAUUUUUGUAACUAAGCUCAAGGAAGCUGGUGCUGCCUACAGAGAUGGGCGACUAAAGGAAGGAGACAAAAUUUUAGAGGUUUGAAAAUUAUAUGAUAAAUUUAUCUUUCAUUGUGUUAACGCAUAGAUUUGGGUAAUGACACAAAUUUUUCGUAAUUAUUUAGUGUUAAGCUAGUCAUCUUGCUACAUUCCUUGUAUGUAGUUGCUGUAAUUAGAAUUUAAAUGAUCAAAUAUAUAGAAGUGUAUUUAAAAAAAAGUAAAAUUCAUAUUGAUUGUUGAUUUGGAUCCUUAUUUCAAAUGUGUAAUAUUUUUCAUCUUUACAAAAAUAAAAUGUCUGAUGGUUAAAGAAUUAAAUGGUUCAAAGGUUUUAUAUAAAAAGAAAAAUAUCUGUAAGAAGCUCAACCCUUACCCCACCUCAUUAAAAAUGCACCAAAAAAUUAAAUUUGUAAGUAUUGAGUGCACAAGUCACUUAUCUAUACAUAGUUGAGACUGAAUAUUAAUACUGCACUAAUAAUAAAUUUUAAAAAAUAUGCCCCAGAGUAAGAUAAAUAUGAAUCCUUUUCAUUAUCAGGAUGAUAUUGAAGUAUUAUUCUUGCUUUUCAAGGUAAAUGGACACAAAAUUCAGUCUGUCACUCACAAUGAAGCCGUUCAGAUAUUUAUCACAGCAGGAGAGACAGUGCACUUGAAAGUCCAGCAUGGAGCAGAAGAGUUUAUCUUGGUAUGUUACUUUAUUAUUUUAUCAUGUGAAUGUUCUUUAACAUUGCAAAAUUUUGGGUUGCUUAUUAAUAUUGAUCUGCUACAAUAUUUUUCUGGUUCAAAUUUCUGGUAUAUUAAAGGCAAAAAAAUAUUUUUUUCCAUAUUAUAGAUCUUUUAAUCAUUUGAUCUUUUUGCUGAGCUGGUACGUUUGAUUGAGAAUUACCAUUUGAAAAUAACUGACCCAUACAGAGCAUCUGCAUUAGCUUAACUUUACCAUAAGUGAAAUAAACAAAGAACUUACAUCGAAUAGUAAAAUAAUAUGGAUAUGCAUGUUCAUUUUAAUAUUUACCUGGUGCUAUCUUUCAAAGAUGUCUUUAGUAACACCUUGUCCUCAUCCAAACCUAUUAUUCUUAAUGUUAAAUAAAUGAUUUCCUUUAACUUUCGUUAACCCAAAUGAUCUAGAAUUUAUCUCUACAUACAUUCUACAACUACAAGAAUUAAUUGUAUCAAUUUUUUUAACCUAGCACUUCCGUUACCCGGUAUCAAAAUACAUCCUGGAAAUUUUCUUAAUGAUUGCAUUUGUUUGUGCUACAAGUAUAUUAUGUGGAUUGUUAGUGUUCAAUUUUAUAGAAUCUUUUGAUAAAGGUAUUGUUGCUUAGUUGAAUUGUUUUUUCAAUUAACUUUCUGUCAAAGCUAUAUUUAAAAAGGUUGCAUUAUCAUUAACUAAUAACUAAUUUAUUUUUGUCUACAGAAACAGCUCGAAGCAAGAAAGGGUGGCGGUAGUAGCUUCCUCAUUUUGGCAAUUCUAGCUUUAGCUGCAGCCGCAGGAAUUGGCUUUCUUGUUGUUAAUAGUAAAAAAUGAGUUUGGUGUGUGUUUUUUUUUUAUUUGGUUUAUUUUUGCCCCUUAGAAAUCAAUAAUCAACUUCUAUGUUUUUCAGGUGAACAUAAUAAAUAAAUGAAAAUUAAAACUUUUAAAGAAAAUAUAAAAUUGUACAUUCGUAUCAAUAAAAAUGGAAAUAUUCUUAACUUUGAAAUGGAACUUUGUUUGAAAUGAAAUAUUGUUUCAUCAAAUGAAAUACUGAUUGUAUAACGUUUGUAUGUCAAACAAUUUUUCCAGCAAAAAUAUACAUUCUUAUGUUUAUACUGUCAAUAAAUUUGACUUUUUUUUUUUUUUUUUUUUAAAUAGUCCCCUUUUGCAAUAGUAAAAAAAAAUUAUUUAUUUUUACAUCUGAUAUAAUCAUAUUUUUUUUUUUUUUUUUUUUUUUUUUUUUAAAUAGUCCCCUUUUGCAAGAGUAAAAAAAAAUUAUUUAUUUUCACAUCUGAUAUAAUCAUAUUUUUUUUUAUUAAAAAAUUUGAGCCAAUGUUUAUGUACAUAAUUUUUUUAGCCAACAGGAAGUUUCAAUGAAAAUGAUUACCUUUCUUUUGGGCUCAUUUUGUAAGCUCCACUUAUACAUUUAAUUUAUUGCUAAAAUGAAGAGCGAAACGGUAAUGAUAAAAAACAAAAAACCGGUAUUGAUCAUUGUUGUUUGCUUUUCAUACAAUUGAAAGUAAAAAGACAUCUUUAUUUUUAUGAGUAACAAUUUCCCCUGACUGUGGAUGAGAGCUCUUGAUUUCGUUCUUCCCCCUUUACUUUGUUUUACAAGCACAAUAUUCAAACCAAAUAGCACAGGAGGCUAUCUAUCCAGUUUUUUUUACUCAGAGCUUUUACAUUUAUGAACAUUUUUAGAAAUAUUUCAUCAAAUAAUUUUUUUGUUGAAAAUAUUUUAGUAAUGAUUAAUCUGAAUUAAAAACUGUUUAAGAUGAAGAAUGGGAGAGUUAAAUAGAAUUUUAAUAAGGAAAGUCAUGUUAAAAAAUUUCUCAACUGAUAUUUGUGUUAUAGCACAAGAAAAUGAGAAUAAAACAUGUGCUUAAGUUAUUGUGGGUUAAAAACCUUAAAAGUUGAAAUAGUGCUUGCUCAUAUGCUGUAUUGCUAGAGAGUGAGUGAAUAUUAUCUGAGGACAUCAUAAAGUCAAAAUUAUUGAAGCCAUAAUAUAUUAUUUCAUGGGUUAGACACAUUACAAAUAAGUGUCUGCCUGCAAGUCCUUUGUAAUUUGUUUUUGAAAUAUCUGAAUCACUAUCUCUGAUAAUCAUGUACAUUUUUCAAUAAAAGUGCGCAAAAUAAUGUCAUCAAAUUAAAAAAAAAGUGUCUUCUUUUGUUAUUAAUUGUUACUUUACAUAUUAUAUUUUAGAUUAUACUGAUUACGCUUGUAGUUGCUAC